AUGCAAAUGGGUGGAUAUGUUAAUUCAACACCACUGCAGCCGGGGAGAGACGAGGUUGAAGCAAAUCAGCGGGCCGCAGUUCCCAAUCACGGAAUAACCAUUCUUCCGAUCACAGUUGUUAUCGCUUAUCGCUCGCGCGACUUGAAUCUCUCUCUUGUCCAGACCAGUCGUGUUACUAUGGGUUCUGAUGAGGCAAUGCACAAUUCUCAGGAAAAAGAGGAUGUCCAUUCUACGGCUAAACAACCUAUUGAUAUUGAGAGCGUGAAGCGCAAGAAAUUCAAAACCGAUGACCUUCCCUUGUCUGCUGCGCAACAUGCGGUCAUUGACAAACUCCUACAUUCAUUCAAGAAGAAGGGUGGCUUCGAUAGUGUUCGCAAACAAAUAUGGGCUGAAUUCAAUGAUGGGGAACUUCGAACCGAUUUCACCAACAAGUUAGUUGCACUUGCAGAGUCGGAGAUCGAUCGCGAACCAGCACUUCUGUCCCGCGAAAGAGGAAAAGCAGCGACACUCAUUGAGGGCGCGGUGGAUCGUGGUGAUGUUUACAAGAGCGUGGAGGACUCCAUCGACCAAUUAGCAUCCAAACACCUGGAUUUUAUCCUCGAAUCUGUUCGUGAGAUCCGAUGCCAGGACGUUGGAGAGGAGGUUGCCGCCCGUGAACUCGAACUAGGGAACAAAACGGAUGCAGAUUACGAAUCAUAUGUCAGCGCACAGCGAGAGAAGCGGGAAAAAGUGUGGCGUGAAGAGGAGCGCAAACAGAGGGAGAUUGAGGAGGAGGAAAGACGGAUCAGGGAGGAAGAACGCAAGAAGAAGCGCGAACUUGAACGUCAGAAAGAUGAGGAAGACCGGGCCCGAAGAAAGGAGAUCGAUGAACAGAGGCGAGCUGAUCGUGAGCGCCAACGUGAAGAGCAACGAAUUCUCGACGAACAGCGAGAACGAGAGCGAGAUGAAAGAUAUGAGCGACGAAGACGAGAAGAUAGGGAGCGAUAUCGAGGCUGGGACCGCGACCGCAGUCGAACUCGAGAGAGAGACCGUUUCCGUGAUCGCUCUCCGGCCUAUCGCUCCGACCGUGGCUUAUCCCCUUGGCCACGAGAUUCGAAACACGAUAAAUCAUCUACAUCGAAUGCUCCAACUCCUUUGUUAGCGCCGCUUGUGGAUGAGAAGUCACUCGAGGAGGCUGCUUUGCAAAUGCUUCUGAAAGAAGGCGAAGAACUUGCAGCCAAGGCUCGGCAGAAGCCCGAGUUUGACUUUGAAGAGGCUGAGGCUAUUGAAAAUGGACUGAAACCACCAGGGUCAACCUUAGGGCCUGCCAAGAGUGCGAAUGAUUCCAGAUUUUCCAAUACAUCUACGAGAGCAGUCAGCAUAUCCCGAGAUACUGACCCAAGGCGUGGUUCACUUGCAGACCGGGGUGAUCGGACCCGACAUUUGACGCGGGAUCGAAGCCGUAGUCGCUCGCGACGACGGCGAACAUCCCGUUAUGAUACAGACCGUCGACGUGAACGGUCCCGGGAUACUUCUGUGAGGUCUCGAGAUCGUGAUAUGGAUGCACGCCGUGGCUACCGCGACUUUCGGGAUGACCGAGGUGGUGGAUGCUACAGACCAAGCCAUCGCAGCCGCAGUCGAUCCGCCGGCCGGCGUGAGCGAGACCGCAGCCGGAAUAGAGAUAGAAUACGAGAUCGAUCCCGGUCCAAAGAGCGCAGCCGCAACCGAGACCGAGAUCAUGACAACUAUCGCCCUCGGCGCAGUCGGCCCUCUCGCUCACCUGUACGUCGGCGUUCUCGCAGCCGCUCACGCUCGCGCGCUCGCCCUCGCGAUCGCCCUCGGUCACGCUCUCGAUCUACUCGACGGAGAUCUCGGUCUCGGCGUCGCUCGCCUUCUCCCACUUUAGAUAUUGACCGCUACGUUCCCCCCACCAGCAACCGGAGCAAAUCACCCCGCCGCCGGGUCCGAUCACCAGAGCGAGAGCGAGAAUCCCGACCCCGGCUAAACGACAUUGACCGUUACAAACCUAUAUCUGAACGGGAUAAGGACCCGACUCACGCAAAAGAGGGAGCUCUUGAGGUUGGCAUAGAAAAAGAAAAGGAGAGGGAACAGGAAAAGGAAAAAGACAAAGAGAAGGAUGCAGAUGAUCGCCGACCUCGUCGACAAACACCUAGUCGUCGAAGGAGCCCA